UGGUUGAGGCGGCAGCGGGGCGGUGGGUGGAGCGCUUUCCUGACCCGGAGGAGGCCGGAGGAUGUGAGGGAGCGGCGGGCGAUGGAGCCCGAAGGAGUGCUUGGUCAUGAACAUCAUUAGCCAGCCUCAAAUGCUGUUUGACUGUGAUUUCGGGCUGCAGGUGUUGUGGGAACAACUGUCAUCAAAGCCUGCCCUUGGAAGUUUCUGGAUGUAUUAAAAUGGAAAACAAAAAGGAACCUCCCUUCUUUAAUGAGGACAAUUCUGGGCCUCUAAGUUACAAACUCCCGUUUUACGAGACAAUGGAACUCUUCAUUGAAACACUCACAGGAACUUGUUUUGAACUUAGAGUGUCACCUUUUGAGACAGUGGUUUCUGUGAAGGCGAAAAUUCAAAGGCUAGAAGGUAUUCCCAUAGUACAACAACACCUGAUCUGGAACAACCUGGAACUGGAGGAUGAAUACUGCUUACACGACUACAAUAUAUCUGAAGGUUGUACACUUAAACUAGUGCUCGCCAUGAGAGGUGGACCUAUAAAUACCAGAAGGGUCCCAAUGGAAGAUCCCACCAGGGAUAUGGCUGAAUACAUGGAGACCAGUCGAGAUGAUAUCUGGGAUAAGAUCCCUUCCAACAAGCAAGUCACCUUUCUAGUAUAUCGUGAAGGGGACCAGUUGAAUUUCUUUCGAGUUAUCGAUCGAGGGGAUGGCACUUUAACACCACUCUCUGAGUCCUUAAGUGGAGGUUCAGUGUUCAACCUAUAUGCAGAUGAUGAAGAUGAAUCGGAAGAAUCUCCAUCUGGUCAGCAGAUACUAGAGAAUUCAAUUACUAUGAACAAAAUGAAGCUGUUGAAAGCAAAGAUGGAAAAUAUGAAUCUUAGUAAAAAGCCCAAGAAGAUCACCAAGGUGAAGCCGAGACCUCCAGUAGCACCCAGACCCACCAGCAGUUCAGUCACCGCAGCUCGUCACCGCCUAUUCCGGGUUCUCCCUCACAACGGGCAGUCUCUCAAUCAUUCACUGUGUCUACCUCCUGUUGGUGAUCCAAUGCUUUCAUACCAUAAUGUACUGAGCCCCAAUUUUGCUUCUGGUGUUAGCUUAGCUCCGUCAUCUUCUAACAGCUUCCUACUGAAGGAUGAUGAGAAUGCUGACUUGAGCCCUUUACUCCAGAGUGUUAUCCCAUCCCCAGGCAUGGUUCUGCAGGGAGAAAUGAGAAACUCUCGGCAACAGAAGAUGCUUCCACCACUUCUUUCUCAGGACUUCCGGGAGGCUCCAACAAUUUGCACGGACUUCGUAACCGAUUGCGUAGCAGGUAGCUCGCGGCUAAAAUCCCCCGUUACGGAAACAAACCUCUCGGAAGAGAAAAGGGUACCUGAUGAUACUGCAAGUGUCCUUGCCCUAUCUGUUGAUGCUGAUCAAGUGGAAGAGGCCAACCUCCUGAGCGAAAUAGGACUUAACACUUCACUAUAUGAGCAGGUGCCAAUAGAGGCUAAGCCUGCAGAAAGAGAAGCUGGGGAACCAAGUGUUAUCCAACCAGGCUUUCCAAACAUGCGUGGAUAUGUUCCAAUGGAAUCUGAAAAAUCUAACGUUGCUGAAUUAAUUCAGAAGAAGGAAACUGGUGUGUUGCCGACCCAGUGUCCUGAACCAGUCUCUCAUAAUUCUUUAAUUGCUCUCCCAACUCCAAGACCCCCAAAGACAUUUGAUAUAAAUGGCCUAAGACCCCCUGCUUCUCAACAGUUGCUGCAAUCUGCUCAGGAUGGUGGCUCUUUCCCUGGUGUUUCGUUCUCAAAGGCAAGCAGGCUUCGAGGACUCAAGGUAGACUCUCCUGGAAAGAAAGCGGAUAUAGUUUUGAAAACAGAAGUGACUGAGAUGACAAACAAAGCAGCAAAGGAGCCUGUGGGCUCUCCAAAAGACAUUGGAAUGCUUGCUUCGCUGGCACGAAGCACAUCCAGAGACAGUGUGCAAAGUAACUGCGGGACAAGCAGACAGCGGACAUCUGGCAUUGCACUACCUGCUAGUGUUCAAAAUUUUCACGAAGAGAUUUUUAGAAGCAUUCCUUCACCAGAUCGAGUUUCAAAUGCAUUUGUUUCUCCCCUUGGACUUUGUGCGACUUGCAGACCCACUACAAUAGGAAGGCGAAUAGGCACCCCUACACAUCAUUUCCCACCAGUAAAGGCUGUAACCCAAACGAAAAAGAAAAAUGCCAAACACUGCUUUCUAUGUGGGAAGAAAACUGGAUUGGCUACCAGCUACGAGUGCAGGUGUGGAAACAAUUUCUGUGCAACACAUCGCUAUGCCGAGACUCAUGAAUGCACAUAUGAUUACAAGACAGCAGGAAGGAGAUACUUACAGGAGACCAACCCUGUUGUUAGUGCACCAAAGCUUCCAAAAAUCUGACCCAAUUAGUGCUACGUGCAACACUUCUUGUCAGACUGUGCUAAAAGAACAAUAAGAAGUAUUUAACUGUUUUGCAUAAUUUUGACAUUGGUCUGGAAAGACAAAAUUGCCAAUCAGAAGCACAUAAUUGAUGCUCGGUAUUUAUGUAUUAUGUAAACACUAUUGUGGGUUUUUAGUUUGCAUCUUAAUUCUUUUUAGUAAAUUGUCAGUGUAAAAACAAAAUGAAUUUCCUGAAGAUUUAUGCUGUGAAUUUGGUUUCUAAUGAAUGCAGAUGUUUUGUUAACUUUAUAUUUGGUGCAGACAAUGCUUCACUGGCAAAUCUUUCAAAAAUGCACUUUAUUAAAAAUCUUGUCACGACUGUUUGACUAAAACAAGCCCGAAGGAAGGGAGGAGUUUUUGGUUGGAGAAAGAAGGCAUGUGCAUUAUGUCUUUGUAGUAUAACAUUUUAAGUACUUGUCCAUUUUAACAUUGCAAAUUCUUGUUAUAAGUUUAUUUAUUUCAGUGAAACGUUUGCUUUUCUGCUGCUUUUACAGAUGUUGACACCAUUGAUGACAGGAUUCAGUGAAAACUGUACUUAGCUCCCACACUGGUUGGUUGUGCAAUAUCCCUGUAGUUUUUUAAAAAAAAAUUCUUUCAAGUUUUAUGCACUGUAUCAAGAUGAUUGUUCACCUCACUGGAAACCCUUUCUGAGGUGAUUUUAAAACCCAUUUUUUCCUUGUCUUUGACUGAUCCUCAGAAAUUAUCUGCUACAUAAUUCUUUGCUUCCAUUGCCAUAUCAAACACAUUUUGGCAAAGUGAAUCUUUUUGUAUUCUCAGUUUUUUUAACAUAACACUCUACACAC